AUGAGGUUCACCAUCGCCUCACUGGCGGUCGUCGCCUUGGCGACACAGACUGUUGUCGGCAGCAAUUGGCUCGGUGGUAAGCCAGCCUACAACAAGUGGCACGAGACUGAGCUCGAGCGAUGGCUGUCCGACCACGACAUCCCCUACCCGGCGCCCGCAGACCGCAAGGACCUCGAGGAUCUUGUUAAGAACAACUGGGACGACUACGUGGCCAAGCCCUACAACAGCUGGGACACGCAGCGUCUGCAGAACUACCUCGCCUCGCAGGGCAAGGAGGUCAAGAAGGGCACGGAGAAGAACAAGGAUAGCUUGAUCCAGCAGGUGCAGAGCUACUGGCACGAGGGUGAGAAUCAGGCGUCUGAUUCCUACCACAGCGUGCAGGACUGGAUCUUCGAUAGCUGGACUGAGUCGCAGCUCAAGUCGUUCCUCGACCACCACGGCAUUCCCAACCCCACCCCUCGCACUCGCGACUCGCUUCUCCAGACCGCCCGCUCCAACUACCAGUCUGCCGCGAACAAGGCGGGUGAGACUGCCAGCUACCCAGGCAACUGGCUCUACGACUCCUGGUCCGACUCCGACAUCAAGUCCUGGCUCGACGAGCGUGGCAUCCCAGCCCCGCAACCGUCCAACCGUGACAAGUUGAUCGCCUCUCUGCGCCGCAACUCUCGUGUCGCAUCCAACAACGCUGCUUCAUCUGCUGCCUCCGCUUCUUCCUCUGCCCACACCGCUCAGCAGUCCCUGAGUGACCAGCUCCUCAACAGCUGGAGCGACAGCCAGAUCAAGGAGUGGUUCGACAAGAACGGCAUCAACGUUCCGCAGGGCAGCAAGCGCAACGAGCUCAUCGCUCUCGCGCGCAAGCACUCUUCGUCCCUCACUGGCAACAACGCGCAGGACUCUGCUGCUUCGGCAUACGGCGCUGCAACCUCUUCCGCUGGCAACUACUACGCCCAGGCCACCAACGAUGCCUACGGCUUCGGAAGGCAUUACUACGACUACUUCAUGAACCAGUUCGGUAUGGCUUCCAAGGAUGCUCAAGCCAGCCUCAGCUCUGCCUCCUCUGCCGCCAGUGUCAGCCUCAGCUCGUCUUCCUCCUCUGCCAGCGUCGCGGCCUCCAAGUCUUCCGGUGAGGCGGGUAGCUCCGCAUCGAGCGCAAGCAGCAUCGCCUCGAAGUCAGCUGCCAGCGCCAGCAAUGAGGCGUCCAAGAGCGCCCAGAGCGUGAAGAACGAGUUGUAA